UAACUAUUGGGUUGCCAAUGCUUGAGUGGGAGGUUGGGGAGGAUGGUGGAAUUGUAUUAUUCAUUGUUAAAAUUAUACUUUAAUUUAAUUGUACGCACACUGACAGUUGAUUACAAAAAAAAAAAAGAUUUGGACACCCCUGCUCUUAUCGGUUUGUGAUGUGAGGCAGGUUAAAUCCAGUAGGUGGCGGUAUAUAAUACAUUAUAAUAUGAUACCAACCACCAAAGAAGAAGAGGAAGAAGCAGCAGAAGAAAAAGAAGUAGAAACAGAGGAAACAGAAGAAGAAACAGUUGUUAUUGUUGUCUUUUAUGAACAGAAAUCAUUGAUAAACCUUUGAAUUGAAGAAGUAGACGAGUUUCACCAUGUCGAGAAGACGCUGUAUUCUUCACUGCGACCGCAAAUUCCCUCUGAAUGGCCUCCCAAAGGAGGAAGAAGUGAGGAAUCAGUGGUUAAAAUUCAUUUUUAACACCAUCCCUCAGCAGUAUAACCCCAACCUGCUCCUGUGCUCCAUCCAUUUCACUGAGGACUGCUUCACCAACCUGGAGCAGUUCAACUCCGGAUACUCGAAGCGGUUACGCCUGAAGGAUGGCGCAGUUCCCACUAAGUUGGACACAUCUGGAGAGCCAGGGUCACAACCUCAGGAUGUCUGUGCCAAACGCCUCGCCGCUUUUAAAAUCCAUCAUGUAGGAUGCCAAACGAGCUCUCCACAAGCCGUCUCAGUGGGCACGCAGUUCAUGGUAUCUCAAAAGAUGGUCGGCACACAGUUGUCCUGGGGUACGCUGACAGAGCGUCAUGUGAGAAGCAAAGGCACGCAGACAGACUUCCAACCAUCUUCUACUUCUGCACGGGUCGAAGGUGUCAGACUAAGCAAGAGACCUCGUCUUGAGUUGGAGGAGCGAGACGGAGACGCAACGUUUAACCCCAGUGGCUCCGUUGUUACAGAAGAAUCAAAAACAUGGUUUGAGCAGAGGUCCGCGUAUGGCGAUACAAAAUACAUUGUUUUUGAAAGCUGCCUCAGUGAGCUCUUUGACACCUGUCCAGUGUGCAAGACAAAGUGUGAUGUCCAGCGACGACGAAUGGGUACUUUUGUGGCAUUCUCUCAGCUGUGCCAAAACUGUGAUUACUCCAGACAGUGGCAGAGCCAGCCUGUUGUCGGAAGUACGCCUGUUGGUAACCUUCAGCUGUCAGCAGCAACAUAUUUCACAGGUGCCUCGUUCUUCCAGCUGGAAAAGAUAUGCAAGGCCAUGCAGCUUCAGAUUUUCCAGUAUGAUACCUUCAGGAGGUAUGCUACGAGUUUCCUGGAGCCUGCUAUUAUCCACAAAUGGAAGACAGAUCAGCAGAGUUUUUUUAAGCAGCUACCCCUAAAGGUCGCAGUUGGUGGAGAUAUGCAAGUAGACUCGCCAGGACAUUUAGCAAAGUAUGGCAGCUACAGUCUGAUGCACCUCGAGAGCAACACCAUAAUGGACCUUCAGCUUGUUCAGAGCAAUGAAGUAGGCGGUAGUUUUCACAUAGAGAAAGAGGGACUGAAACGAAGCCUAGAUCUUCUGGAGUCCAAUGAUUUGAGCGUGGACUACAUUGUUACCGACCGUCGUCCAGAGAUUCAGGAGUUUCUGAGUGAACGCAAUAUCACACAGUUCUAUGAUAUGUGGCGCUUUGAGAAAGGUUUAUCCAAGAAACUAGACAAACUUGCGCAAAACAAGGACUGUGAGGUGUUGAAGAAGUGGCUGCACAGCAUAAAAAACCACUUGUACUGGACUGCGACCUCUUCAACAUCAGGGCCUGAGAAAGUAGCCAAGUGGACGUCACUGGUCAACCAUAUUCAAAAUAUACAUGUGCAUGAAGACCCCAUCUUCCCCAAGUGUGAACAUACCGACAGAGUGUCAAGGGAUCCAAAGAAAUGGUUCCAACCAGGGUCAGAGGCACUCAACAAAGUGAAAAAAAUCCUGAACAAUGAGGGAGUUCUCAGAGACGUGGAGAAGCUGAGUCACCACCAUCAGAAAUCAUCACUGGAGGCCUUCCACAGCUUGAUCCAGCGUUUCACACCCAAGAAUGCAGUUUACUCUUUCACGGAAAGGCUGUGCAGGUUGUACCUUGCCGUCAUGCAUUACAAUGAAAAUGUUGAAUGCAAGCAGGCAUCUGCAGGACAUGCUGAAUGCACCACAAAGCCUGUAAAAAGAGACCCUGCAUACAAUUAUGUGGAUGACCUGAUGAAGCUCGUCUUUGAUGAGGUGCUUGACGAUCCAACACCAUUUGUUGAGGAGUUAAAGAAAAUCCCCAUCCCCGAAGACCUGCCAUCCCAGUAUGUGACAUGCCGAUGACACCUGUAUUUCUUUUUUGUAAAUUUGCAAAAAAUAGUUCUAAAAAAAAUAAAUCCUCAUUUCUUCA